UAUUGGACUAUAUUAAUAAUAAAAUGGGAAGUAAUUCAAGUAAACCAACCGACACCUCUUUGGUACUAAAAACUGAAUUAGAACUUGGUAACUCGGACCCUCGAUCUCCAACACCUGAAAUAACACGGACUCCUUUGCAAGGAAAAAAUGGCGCUAAACAUAACAUAACAAAAAAUAUAGACCUCAGAAAGACGUUUGAAUCUACAAACGGAGAUGAAAAAUUGAUACACAAUAACCCCAUUCUAUCUGCUGUUAUAAAAAACCAUUUACAAUCAUAUGAUCCCCGAUCUCCAACUCAAGAUUUUGAACGAACUCCAAUUAUUAUAUCUUCGAAAAUUAAUGAUUUGACAAAUGACACUGAAAAUUUAAGACUAAUAAGUGAUAGUUGUACAAGUCCUAUUACUAGUAAAGAUAAAGAUAAUAGUUGUGAAACAUAUAUGGAAGCAAAAGAAUUCAGUCCUGAUUUGAUUUCUCCAAAAAAUUUGUGUAACGGGUUUUUGGACUCGACUUUCAAUGAUACCCUUCAAGAUAAUGAAGAACCACUGGGCUCAUCAACUGCCUCCAAAGAAACCCUGGAAGCCAACAAGUCUAAUGAGAAUAAACCAACCAAGCUGUUAGAAACUAACUUUGAUUGUAAUGAAGUUUGUGAUAUAGAAUUUAAUAGUAAGAGAAACAGCAUGUCAAAUCCAGAUUCCACCGAAGUCAAUGAUAGUAGAGAACAAUGUAUGCCAGUAUUUAAAAUUUUGGAAUAUGAUCCUCGCUCUCCUUCUAUAGGAAUUGAAAGGACUCCAUUAGUUGUGCCUAAAAUAGAUGACAAUGACAGUGUGGACAAUGUCGAAGAAAUGUCUGAUGAUACCCUUCUGAAAGUUUUGCAAAAGAGUAAUGUGGAAAUUGGACAUGGUUUAGAAGCACAAACAAAUUCAGAUGGAUUAUUGGUUUAUGAGGAUGAGUCUAUAGACUUACAAAAUACUCCAAAAAAGUCAAAAUCUUCCAGUAAUGAUGGUUCGAGAACACCAUUAUCAUGUAUGAAAAACAAAGCAGAUACCGGUCAUACAAGAUCAAAAUCAGCAAACACAGUUUUUGAUCCAAAAGGAAGUGACAUAAAGCAUUGUAAAAAAAUUUCUCAUAUUCCAAGACUGAAGUCUUUAUCAAAACAGUCUAAAAUACUGCCAGCAGGUAGUAGUAUAUCUUUGAAAAAUAUUUCAAAAGCAUCCAUCAUUAGUGGUGACUGUGAAAAUACACCACCACACUCACAUCGUGAUAGAUGGGAUAAAGAUAGCAGUGUUGUACUAUGAAAUAUUGACAUAAUUUCAAUUUGCUUUCUACUGAAGAAAUGAUUCCAAUAUACAAAUAGUGAAUAUGGUUUAUACCUUUUUAAUAAUUAUUUUGUUCCAAUAGAUAUUAAACUAAUUUGCUGCUAUACUGCUUUUGUACUGUGCGGUAAUUUUAAGGGGAUAGUACUAUAUACUACUUGCAAGAAGAAAUUUAGUUUAUUAUCUUUUGUUAACUAUAUUUUUGACAAUUCAGUUAUAAUAUUUACAAUACAUCUAUAGAAGGUAAAAACUAUAAAACGCGUACUAAUUUGAUAUGACUAUGAAUAAAUAAUCUAAUGGGGUUUUUGUUUACUUUGCCCAAUAUUUUUAUACUUUUUUGUUUUUGGGUUGACACUCCCAUUGUUGAUCUGUUGCACAUCACAUUAUUUCAGCAUCCACCUAAAUACAUAAAGGAGUUUGAAAUCUCAGAUACUUUGUCUGUUAAUAAGUAUGCCAACCAUAUGCAUGUCUAACAAUGUCCUUGUUUAUUCUUAUUGUAUAAUCAUUAUCCAUCCUUUGCCCUUGUAGGCAGACGAGCAUACGGCCCACCUGAUGGUGAGUGGUUACCGUCGCCCAUGGACUUCAGCAAAACUGAAAUUGUUCUGCUUCGAGGUAGAAACAGGUAGAAGUACCUACCCAUUUGGGGUAAUCAUAUCCUCCUACUAAUAGCUAUGGCCUGAGAAGACGAUUCCACACAUAAUAAAAUAUAUUAAGUUAAGAAAAGGUUAAAAACGACAAAUUGGACGACAACCUUGCAUUAUUUACCUUUGAUUUUUUGGCCGUGUCUGCUAAGGUGAUUUGGUUCAAGAUAGUGAUAGUCGUGAAAUAUAAAAAUGAAAUUCAUUAAGGUUUAUGAAGCUUAAUCAAUACUCAUAAGUUUUGUUAGCCCGUAGGUAGGUUUUACUAACCUAUGUACUUGUCUUCCCCGAGACUGUCCUGCGUUCCGGUUAGAAGGGUGGAAGGUAUCUCAAGAUACGUUAUAGCAUUAUACUACUAAACACCUUUUUUCCCAUUUUGUUCACCCCUCUUGCCCUUAUCCCACUGCGUACGGUUGGCGCAGCAUGUCCUCUCUGAUCGGAGGCGUUCGAGUCGAGAUCGAGGCGACAGGGCUGCGGUACCUCGGUCUCGUACUGGACGGUCGUUGGAGCUUCCGCGCUCACUUUGAGAGAUUAGGUCCCCGACUGAUGGCGGCCGCCGGCUCGCUGAGUCGGCUGUUGCCGAACGUCGAGGGGCCUGACGUGGUGGUGCGCCGCCUCUAUACGGGGGUGGUGCGGUCGAUGGCACUGUACGGGGCUCCCGUGUGGUGCCACGCCCUGACUCGCGACAAUGUUGCGGCGUUGCGACGUCCGCAGCGCGCGAUUGCGGUCAGGGCGGUUCGCGAGUACUGCACCGUCUCGUUCGAGGCAGCGUGCGUGCUCGCUGGGACGCCUCCCUGGAACCUGGAAGCGGAGGCGCUCGCUGCGGAUUACGCGUGGCGAUGCGAUCUCCGCUCCAGGGGGGAGCCGCGUCCCGGCGCGGCGGAAGUUCGAGCGCGGAAGCUUCAAUCUCGGCGUGCCGUGCUCGAGGCGUGGUCUCGCAGCCUGGCGGACCCCGCCUACGGGCGACGGACCGUCGAGGCGAUCCGCCCGGUCCUCUCGGACUGGGUGAAUCGCGACCGAGGACGUCUCACCUUCCGAGCGACGCAGGUGCUCACGGGACAUGGCUGUUUCGGUCGCUACCUGCACCUUGUCGCCCGGAGGGAGCCGACGCCGAAGUGCCACCACUGCAGUGGCUGCAACGAGGACACGGCGGAGCACACGCUCGCGUACUGCCCCGCUUUUGCGGAGCAGCGGCGCGUCCUCGUUGCAAAUAUAGGACCAGAUUUGUCGCUUCCGACCGUCGUGGCUACGAUGCUCGGCAGCGACGAGUCCUGGCAGGCGAUGCUCGACUUCUGCGAGUCCAUCAUGUCGCAGAAGGAGGCGGCGGAACGGGAGAGGGAGAGCUCUUCUUCCCUCUCGGCGCCGUGCCGCCGCCGCCGAGCUGGGGGUCGGAGGAGGGUGUUUGUCCAGCUCCGGCCCCUAUGAGGAGGCAGUCUCCUCCCGGUGAUGGUCACGGGGCGACCUAAGGGGGUUGAGGCUGCGCCGCACGCUACCGUCACUCUAGCGCGCUGGCACCAGGAGGACGGGACGACGUGUCGGUUUUUCGUCGUCGCUGUCGUCGCCGAACAUACUGUGGAAGAGCAACCCGGUCGGCGGUGUAUCGCGUUCCGACCCGGCAGGCUGGUUCUGGCCCAGCGGGGUAUCCCGGAAACCAGCGGCAUCGCCUGGGCGGCCUGGCAGGGCCGCCGUACCGCGGAGACCGACGUCGUCGGUCGUCGACUAUCGCCUCGACGACCCGUCGGUCGGGCGUCCUCGGGGUGGCGCCGCGUGUCUGGUUGUAAUGUUGACCGCGGGAACCCCCCUACUCUGACCGGGUUCUGACCCCGGACGGAGAUCGGACGUCGGGUGUAAGAGUGCAGGGGAGUCGUUUAGUGGGUGGGCCCUAAAAUCCUUGGGCCCGCGAUCUGCUCUCAACACCUGCAGAUCGUUGAGUCUCACAUACCCCGCGCGCACCCUAGGCGCGGAGACCUCGUAGGAGGUUCGGCCCCCGGCACAAAAAAAACAAAAGCAUGUCCUCUUAAUCCAAUUCCUAUCAUACGUCAUCCCUUCUGUUUCAUCCUUCUUUCGCAUAUCCUCUUUCACACAGUUCGUCCAAGUCUUUUUAGGUCGUCCCUUCCUCACCUUUGGGUCAAUGGGUAAAACAUUUAAGUAUAAAAAAAUUAAACACCAUUAAUUUUUUAUAACAUUUACUUGUAAUUACUAUGGUUUACACUUUUUUACAGCUAAUAACACUGCAGAAACUAAUUUAAAUUAAUUUAAAAAAAUCUUAGCAAUCACAAGUCUUAGUAAUAAACAAGUAUACUUUCGCGAAGAUUACAAUGGAAUGGUUUUUAAAAUAAACACCGAAAUGGAGGCGACUUGAUGUUGGUUAGAAUAACAAGCAUUUUAAAUACACAAAAUGCACAAAUGUCAGCGUGAUAUAAUAAUUCAUAAAUAGCUAAAAUUCUACGAAGAUUACCUACAUAUUAGCGUUUACAAGAAUAAUAUUAUGCAAUAUGUUCACAUUUUAUAACCUUAAUUCUAUAUUUUCUAAGUACUGAACUUUUUUGAUAUUGAUGCUAAAUUCUGAAUACAUAAAAUAUCAAGAAAAACAA